CCCAUCAAGGAAGGCUCAAGUCGCCACCUGCUCUUUGUCUGUUUACUCUUUGUUUCAACGAUUCCUUUGAGAAAGGAAAUGUUGGGUAACUGUGAGAAGAUGGUGGUCAUCUCAUCAACUACAAACGAUUGGCCAGAGAAUCAGAUAGAUGAUAAGGGGUUGAUGGCUUCAACGGGUAGGGUUAUGGAGAAACCAGGCCAAGAGCAGCAAGCCCUCAAGUGUCCUCGUUGUGAUUCCUCCAAUACCAAGUUCUGCUACUACAACAACUACAGCUUGUCUCAGCCUAGGCACUUCUGCAAGGCCUGUAAGCGUUACUGGACUAGAGGUGGAACCCUCAGAAACGUUCCUGUAGGAGGUGGGUGCAGGAAGAACAAGCGUGUGAAGAGGCCGGCUUCUUCCGUUGAUGCUCCCUCUUCUGCUCCUACUGCUGCUCUUAACCCUCCCCCUCCAUCCCAGAUCGACCUAUCCGCUUCGUCAAACCAUGUUACUCCUUUGUUUUAUGGCUUACCUAGUAAUCCUUCCGAGCUCAAUCUUCCAUUUCCAAGGUUCAAUUCUAGAGCCUCCAAUGAGGAUACUGUUUCUGGGUAUGAUCUCCAGCCUCAAUUGGGUGCUCUUGGAUUAGGAUUUUCUUCUGGGAUCAUAGCCAAUGAUGCUCGCACUGAUGAUUACCGAAAUGGCUUUAAUCCAGCUAAACAAAUCCAAGAUUUGGUUACUUCAAGCUCACUUCUCUCAAACUAUUCCAUCUUUGGAUCUUCAUCUUCCACCACUACUCCAACAAUGGCUUCUUUGAUCAAUUCUAGCCUGCAACAGCAGAAGUUCAUGAAUGGUGAUCUAAAAGAAAGUCGAGGAGCUAAUCAUUUUCAGCCCUUAGUACCCUAUGAAGACCUGCAAAUAUCAGGGAACACCAGCAUGGCCAUGAAAGAAGUGAAAAGCGAACAAGGCCACAACACAUUGGAGUGGAAUAGUGUUCCUUGCCAGAAUCAGAUGGAGCAAAUCGGCUCCUCUGAUCCUUCUCUUUACUGGAACUUAACGAGUCUCGGCGCCUGGUCCGAUCUUCCAAACAUGGGGUCUUCCGUCACUUCUCUAAUCUAGCCCAACCAGCUAUCGUUUUUCUUCUCAUCUCCCUCUUUUUUAAUAGUCCGAGUCUUUUUAGCUACUUAGAUUUCUGCUGAUUACUUCUGUUUGUAGUGAAUUUUAUGGUCACAGUGGAUGGAAUUCAUAAAGGAAAAAACAAAAAUACAUAUAUAUGGAGUUAAAGCAACGAUGGGAGCUAGGAGUUUGGAUCGGAGCGAUCAUGUCAGCAGCAAAAUUCAGCCUGUUAUUUUUAUGAACAAGGUUGAGGAACCCCAUUUGCUCUGAGAGGAACCUCGGAUCCUCUCCGUCUCAUCGGCCUAAGGUAUCAUUAUCAACUAGACAGUGUGAAGGGUCUCCUUGAAGAAAGGAUAUCCUUGGGUGCAACUUCCUUGUUAAGUUGAUUUUCUCUUUUGUAUGUAUAUAUGCAUGACAUUGCCUUUCUUUCUAAUGUAUCUGUUACUAGGCGGGGUGUUGGGGCUUAUUGGAGAUAUAUAUGUUGUAGUCCUCAAAGAAGAUCAUAUAUAUGAGGAACUAAUAAUUUUUUCCCUUUCACUUUCUUUGAUUAGAUUUUUUCUCUUUUGGUUUUAGGGGGGAAAGGGGUUGGGCAUAAUGGUAUAGAGGAGAGGGAGAUUUGUUAUUGCAACGUUGGUCUCUAGUUCAUGUGGUUGCUCUUCGUUAAUUAAGCGCUGUUAAUUUUGUUUUUCUUCAA